CCCAAGCCUCUUUCCCUUUGACGUCAAACACACUCAUAUACUCUCUCUCUCUCUCUCUCUCUCUCUCUCUCUCCAACAAACAUUGAAUAGAAGAUCAGGAUAUUGAUCGAUGGAAGUGGUGGGAAAGAUUGGUAGAGGUAUAAUGGUGCCAAUGUUGGCAGCCAAUUUUGUAGUCUACAUAAUCGUCAUCGGCCUUGCCGCAUGGUCUCUCGACAAGUACAUCGACGGCCAACAGAAUCAUCCUCACUUAGGAGGGAACACAUCGACAACAUACAUGUUAGAGUUUGGAUUGCUUGGAGGUGCAACAGGAAUGUGCUCGGUGGUUAUCGGCUUCAUGCAUCACCGAGCAUGGCGUAGUGCCAGUUUAGCAAGUGCUUCAUCUUCCGCAUUUAUAGCUUGGGCUAUUACUUCCAUUGCUUUCGGUUUUGCUUGGAAGGAGAUCAAAAUUGGAGGACGAAGAGGAAAACGCUUGCAAACACUGGAAUUGUUCAUCACCAUAUCCACAUUCAGUCAGAUGUUAUAUCUCAUGCUUCUGCAUGCUGGAUUAUUUAACCCAAGAUACGGACCUGAUUAUCUCAGCCACAGGGACGACACCGUCAUCCGCCGUGCACCCGCCCAGUCCCAGCCCAGCACCUCCACUUUGGACUGAUACAAGAUUUCAUAUCAUACACACUUAAACCACAAAACUUACUCAUAUUAUGAUGGAAUAUCACGUGUAAUUUUGUGUUUUCAAUGUCACUAGACUAGAAUAUAUAAUUGUUUAUAACGAAUUAUAGCAUGUUGAAAAAGCAAGAAAUUUGUAGAUCCCUGCAAAUGGAGUUGAGAGUAUUUGAAGGU